AGCGUCCUCACCAAAUACGUAUCACUACAUAGAUAUCAAUUUGACAGUCACAAUGCUAACCACACAAUACCCAGAACCAGUCAACGCCGAUGGGCUCUCAUAUGCACCCGACUCAGAGGAGCGACGGCUCUUGGAAGCCGCCCUCGCAGAAAUGGAAAGCACCGUCGCCCAAGUCCCCAGCAUCAUCAACGGCGAGCGCCUCUACACCGGCCACAAGAGCCAGCAAGUCAACCCCUGGAACCCACAUGGGGCUCCCCUGGCUGAAUACCACCAAGUCGACUCGUCGACCGUCCAAACCCGCGCAAUUCCCGGCGUCCUGGACGCGCGAAAACGAUGGGCCAACAUGUCAUUUAAGCACCGCGCAGCCGUCUACAAACGCGCCGCCCACCUCGUCGAGUCCCCCAAGUACCGCUGGAAGCUGAUGGCCGCGACCAUGAUCGGACAAGGCAAGACCUGCGGCCAAGCCGAAGGCGACUGCAUCACCGAGGUGCUCGACACACUCAACUUCCACGUCUACUUCUGCGCCCAACUCUACCAGCAGCAGCCACCGAAGCAAUUCAACUCGUCCACAAGCCAUCUCGACUACCGGCCCCUGGAGGGCUUCCUGCUCGCGAUAUCGCCCUUCAACUUCACCGCGCUAGGCGCCCACAUCGCCUUCACACCCGCCCUCCUCGGCAACGUCGUCCUGUGGAAACCGUCCCCCAUGGCCGUCCUCUCCAACUACAUCCUCUACCAGAUCAUGGAGGAAGCCGGCCUCCCCAGCGGCGUCAUCCAGUUUCUACCCGUCGCGGACCCUACCCACGUCGUUGAACCCGCCCUCUCCAGCCGCGACUUCGCCGGCCUCCACUACACAGGCUCGUCAACGGUGCUGCGGACGCUCGCCGCCCAGAUCGGCGCCGGCACUCCCUCCUACCGCACCUUUCCGCGCAUCGUCGGCGAAAGCGGCGGCAAGAACUUUCACCUUGUGCACCGCUCCUGCCGAGACGACGUUGACUGGAUCGCGUCCGCCGCCGUGCGCUCCGCCUUCGAGUUCCAGGGCCAAAAGUGCAGCGCGCUGUCGCGGUUGUUCGUGCCGCGGUCGAUGUGGGAGGCGCCGGGCGACGGCGGCAGUAGCAGCGAUCUGCGCAGAGCGCUGAUCCGCGAGGCGGAGAAGAUGACGCACGGCGAGGAUGUCAAGCAGCUGCAUCAUGCGCUGGGUCCGCUCGUGUCGCAGGCGUCGUUCGACCGAUUUAGGGAGUUUGUGCGGCGUGCGCAGCUCGACGGUCACCGGCUGGUGUAUGGGGGACUGGUGGCGGACGACGGCGCGAAGGGAUUCUUCGUGCAGCCGGCGAUUUUCGAAACGAGCAGUGACCCCGCGGAGAAGGAGAGGGUUUUGGAGUCGGAGCUCAUGAAUCGCGAGUUGUUCGGUCCUCUGUUUGCGGUGUAUAUCUAUGAAGAUGGGACGGCGAUGGGCUUCGAAGAUGUUUGUGACCUGAUUGAUCGGACGACGGAGUAUGGGCUGGCGGGGUCGGUCUUUGCGCGGGACCGGGAGGCUGUGCGGAUUGCGGACGAGAAGUUGAGAGACUCGGUGGGCAACUUUUGCAUUAAUGAUAAGAGCACAGGAGCUGUUAUUGGGGCGCAUCCGUUCGGAGGCGCCCGGUCGAGUGGCACGAAUGAUAAGGCGAAUUCGACAAAUGUGUUGCUGCGGUUUUCGAGUAUUCGCUGCGUGAAGGACUCGUUUCUCACUGCAACAGUCGGGACGGAUACCUCAAAACGCCGCGUACAAGACGCCCUCUCGCCGCACGCCGCAAAAGUGCAAGUCCUCACCCAAGAAGACAACGCACGAGCCGUGCACCAAGCUGACGUCGUCCUCAUCGCCGUCAAGCCCUUCAAACGAGCGGGCGUCUUCGCCGCCCCAGGCUUCAAGGACGCCCUACGCGGGAAACUCCUCCUCAGCAUCAUGGCGGGUAUCACGACGACGGAGCUGAGCCGGCUCGCCCACCACAGCGAAGCAGCCACCGAGCAGUCCACCUUCCAAGCGGUGCGUGCCAUGCCCAAUAUGGCGGCGAAAAUCCGCGAGGCGGUGACGCUGUAUGCUGCGACAGAUGGUAUCACGCGGGAGAAUCUGGAGUUUGCGUCGUGGGUUUAUGGCCAGGUGGGCGAGGCGCAUUGCAUUCCCGAGGGUUCGUUUGAUAUUUGUGCGGUUUUGGUGGGGUGUGCGGGUUCGUUGCUGCUGUUGGCGAUUGAUGGGUUGCUGGAUGCGGCUGUUGCAGAGGGAGUGAGGAGGCCUGAGGUGCAGGAUUUGGUAGUCAAUAGUGCGAUUGGGAUGAUGAGGCUGGUUCCUGUUGGGGGUGAACAUCCUAGUGUGCUGCGUGAGAAGAUAGCUUCCCCUGGAGGAUGCUCGAUCAGGGCUUUGUUGGAGCUGGAACGGUUGGGGGUGAGGUCGGCGUUUACGACGGCGAUUAUGGCUGCGGCGGAGAAGUCGAAGAAGAUGUCGUCGUCUUGA